AUGCCUCCAUCCGCCGCCAUAGUCGCCGGAAACAGUCACGAAACAGGCGGUGCUGGACAGUUUUUGACAGAAUUUCCAACCUUUUGUUCUCUGUCGUCCAGCCACCAAAUCGGACGAGUGAGGUAUGGUUUUCUAGCUAUUUUUCAUGCUCUAGCUGCUGGUUGGAUAGGAUUUCAGAAAUUUCAAGCGUAG